AUGCGUGAGCGUUCGAAGAGUCGGGCCGAGCUGUUCUCGUUGUCCCAGUCGUCGUCCCAGCGGUUGUUGACGCCCUCGUUGUACGUCUUUUGGAUCUCCAUCGGUUCGUAUUCUGCCGCCACCGUCGUCAUGCCGCCGCCGCCGCUCCGGGUCAGGACCCUCAGACUGAACGUACGCUGGGCCCACAGGCAGAAGAGAGCUGCGGGAGACAGGACUCUUCCCACUGCAGACAGAGCUGAGUGCAGCCUGCCCUCUAGUGUCCACUACAUGUUACUGCAGACUCUUCCCACUGCAGACAGAGCUGAGUGCAGCCUGCCCUCUAGUGUCCACUACAUGUCACUGCACAGACUCUUCCCACUGCAGACAGAGCUGAGUGCAGCCUGCCCUCUAGUGUCCACUACAUGUUACUGCAGACUCUUCCCACUGCAGACAGAGCUGAGUGCAGCCUGCCCUCUAGUGUCCACUACAUGUCACUGCACAGACUCUUCCCACUGCAGACAGAGCUGA